GAUAAUAAAUGCCUUGGCUAUUUACGACCUGCACAUAAUCAUAUGAUGAUAUUCUUCACAUUUGAUCUAAUAUUUACCAUUUUUCUUUUCUAUUCAUGAAUCAUGGGAACUAUUGUUUCUGGUAGUCAUUUAUGUACCAUCAGAUCAAUAUGUUAAAUUGGGUGUCUCCAUUGUGUGCAGGGUUUUGAUGUUAGGCUGGUCGAUGUGAAUAGGACGUGUAAAGUUACAAAGGGUGGACAAGUUAUCAAAUACACUGCAAUGUUAGCUUGUGGGAACUACAAUGGUGUUAUUGGUUUUGCUAAAGCAAAGGCUCCUGCAGUUCCGCUUGCUCUUCAAAAGGCAUAUGAGAAGUGCUUUCAGAAUCUGCACUAUGUAGAGCGGCAUGAGGAUCAUACAAUUGCACAUGCAAUUCAGACAUCGUAUAAAAAGACUAAGGUGUAUCUUUGGCCAGCUCCUACACAAUCAGGGAUGAAGGCAGGCAAAACUGUGGAGUUGAUUCUUAACUUAGCUGGUUACAGGAAUGUGAAAUCAAAGGUUGUUGGUUCAAGGAAUCCCCACAACACUGUGAAGGCUCUCUUCAAGGCAUUAAAUGCGAUUGAAACUCCCAAAGAUGUUCAGGAAAAGUUUGGCCGAACUGUGGUUGAAUCAUAUCUACUGUGAUAGGUUUACAAAGAAACAAUAUUGUCUGUGGAUAGAUUAAUCUCUUGAGCAUUUGGGAUGACCAAGCUGUUAUUUUCUGAAUCGAGGUUAUAUAAUAGGGAAAACAAACGACGCAGUGCCGGUGGCAAAAAGAUGCUGAAAGGAGAACCACUUUGCUUUUGUUUUUGAAAUGUGGAAUCAAAAUUGCUGAAAUUGAGGAGCAUAAUCAAUAAAAUGCUUUUAGUUUUGCAUAGUGAACUAUUCAUACCAAAUCAUUUUUCUUGAUGCAGUUGCAUAUUUUAGUUGAUUAUGGUUUUAGGCUUAUGCUCUUUCUCUGUCUCUCAUGAAUUGUGUUGAGGAUAGGAAAUAACGUUGAUAUGGGCACUUAAUUUGUAAGAUUUAGAUUCCAUUCCACAGCUUCACUUGGUGUAGUUUUGUACCAGCUCUUUUAAAUAUGUAUUUUUCCUUCAAAUUAUUAA